CCCUGACGUGGGGUUAGCCUCCCGCCUCAGCUCGGGAGGGCGCCCGUCGACCCUUAGCCCCCUCCACUCGCUGCUCGGCCCGCCCCGGAGCUCGGGACAAGGUGCCGGGGGAAGCGUGGGGCUUGGCUCUCUGAUUCAUUCAUUCUCCGCCGACGGGAGCCUCAGACCCGCUGUGCUCCGAAGAGAGGAGGGAAGAGGGGGCAACUGCGAAUGAAGGGCCGGGCGAGAGCCGGGCUCCAUUGUGCUCGGCGGCGGGGGGCAGGAAAGGGUUGAGGGAGGUGGGUUCGGGCCCCCUCCCCUUGCUCCCCGGCGUGCGCUGCGCCCCCAGGCUGCUGCCAGCCUGGAAAUGGCUCCGUUUAUUCUCCUCGAGAGAAUCAAUCGAUCUUGCCCAGCCUUCUCUUCCUCCUCCACACCUCCUCUCUGCUUCGAGUCUUAGGAGGGGAAAAAUUAAAAAGACAGAUUCCAAUGUGGAGUGCGGUGCACGUCGCGAGCUGCCGGGUUUGCACUUCGAGGAGAUUUUUCUAUAUAGUUUUUUCUAAUGUGAACGUAGGGAAGCAGUGGCGUUAUUACUGUUUUCAGGAUUUUUAUUAAAGUGCACGUCGCGUUGGGUUGCACGCUCCACCCCUGGGGACUUGGUGUGGUGGAGAAAUUUGAACCUGCAGCCUUAGCACCGAAAAGGCCGAGUUACCUGGGUCUCCCUGAGUAUCGAGGAGGACCUGAGCGAAAUGACCAGCGAACUCAUUUUUUUAUAGGACUCCGUGAAACUGGAUUUUGCGUUUUCUUACAUGUAGACUCAUUUUGUGGAAUAGAGUUGACCGCUGUCUCCUCCACGCAGCAUUUUAGCUCUAAUAAGCAAAUGCCACCUCUGUUUGAACGUUUUGGUGUUUACCAGAGAGAAAUCAUUUUACCUAAGAGAACUAAUUGAAUUGUCAGCAUCAUUGAAAUACCUCCGGAAAAGGAUCUCGGGGGGUUGAAAAGCAACUGCGAAAUAGCAAACGGAGAAAUUUCUUUGGAAGUUAUUCCGUAGCAUACGAGCAGAAACUUCAGAGCAAGUUUCCACUGGGCAAAAUGGGAGAACAACCUAUCUUCAGCACUCGAGCUCAUGUCUUCCAGAUUGACCCAAACACAAAGAAGAACUGGGUACCCACCAGCAAGCAUGCAGUUACUGUGUCUUAUUUCUAUGACAGCACAAGAAAUGUGUAUAGGAUAAUCAGUUUAGAUGGCUCAAAGGCAAUAAUAAAUAGCACCAUCACCCCAAACAUGACAUUUACUAAAACAUCUCAGAAGUUUGGCCAGUGGGCGGAUAGCCGGGCAAACACUGUUUAUGGACUGGGAUUCUCCUCUGAGCAUCAUCUUUCGAAAUUUGCAGAAAAGUUUCAGGAAUUUAAGGAAGCUGCUCGACUAGCAAAAGAGAAAUCACAAGAGAAGAUGGAACUUACCAGUACACCUUCACAGGAAUCAGCAGGCGGGGAUCUUCAGUCUCCUUUAACACCAGAAAGUAUCAAUGGGACAGACGAUGAAAGAACACCUGAUGUGACACAGAACUCAGAGCCAAGGGCUGAACCAACUCAGAAUGCAUUGCCAUUUUCACAUAGUUCAGCAAUCAGCAAACACUGGGAGGCUGAACUGGCUACCCUUAAAGGAAAUAAUGCCAAACUCACUGCAGCCCUGUUGGAAUCCACUGCCAAUGUGAAACAAUGGAAACAGCAACUUGCUGCAUAUCAAGAGGAAGCAGAACGUCUGCACAAGCGGGUGACUGAGCUUGAAUGCGUUAGUAGCCAAGCAAAUGCAGUGCAUACCCAUAAGACAGAAUUAAAUCAGACAAUACAAGAACUGGAAGAGACACUGAAAGAGAAGGAAGAGGAAAUAGAAAGAUUAAAACAAGAAAUUGAUAAUGCCAGAGAACUACAAGAACAGAGAGACUCUUUGACUCAGAAACUGCAGGAAGUAGAAAUUCGGAACAAAGACCUGGAGGGACAACUGUCUGACUUAGAGCAACGUCUGGAGAAAAGUCAGAAUGAACAAGAAGCUUUUCGCAAUAACCUGAAGACACUCUUAGAAAUUUUGGAUGGAAAAAUAUUUGAACUAACAGAAUUACGAGAUAACUUGGCCAAACUACUAGAAUGCAGCUAAGGAAAGUGAAAUUUCAGUGCCAAUUGAUUAAAAGAUAUACUGUCUUUCUUCAUAGUACUGUUUGGGCUCUGCAUCAAGAUUGCACAAAAAAAAUUGAAUAUCACUCCUCCACGAGGAGGAUCUUUUGAAAAUUGGAAUUGUAUAUUUCAGUAUAAAUUUUAGAAUUCAGCUUGUAACUAGUUGGGGAAAAAAGAGAUGAAAAACUUGAACUACAAAUUACCUCCAUGUAUAUUAUUGGCCAUAGUUAACUAGAAAGUUAUAAAUAGACACUUGAUGCAAUCUUUUUUUUUUUUUUUCUGAUAUUAGCCAAUGGGAGAAUUAACAGUGUCUGGGUCAAAUCCCCUUUUUGUGUUCAACACAGUGAAGAUUAUCUGCUUUAAAAUUAAUUUAUUUAUGAUAUCUAGAGCUGUGUUUUGUGCAAAAACUUAGUGAUGAAAGCCCUGUCUUUUGUUUUAAUCUGAAUAAUUUCUCAGGAUAUUUUUGCACUGCUAAGAAGCAGUGUCAUUACCAAUUAAUUCUUGCCAGGCGUGAGAGAGAGCUGCAUCUUUAAUUGAAACAUACUAUAACCGGGUGUAUAGAGUUCUUCCCUUUUUUGUACUGGGAUAUAUUUCACUCUGGUGACUACUCUGGUACACUCUGGUGUUCUCUAAUCUUGUCCGUUGUAUAGUUUACUUUUCCAUAUUGAUUCCAUGUAUUUAUGAGAAGAUAUUGUCUCCCAUUUUAUUACACAUUUUAAAGCCAACUAAUGAAGGCAGCUGAGUCCCUCAGAAAUUUUUCUUUUUAAAUUUCUAAUAAAUUUGACACAGAGUACUGAAAUAUCACAGCCCGUCAUUGACGGUCUGGUCUAGCAAUGUUAAGUAUAUUUACAGAAUAUGCAGUUACAUUUAUUUAUAUAUUUUGCAAGAAAUCUUUUCUGAAUGAUCAAUGCAUUUCAAUUUAUGAAUAAUAAUGGUUAUUGGGAAACUGUUUAUUAUAGAUAAUUUUAAGGUGUAUAGCUAUUUUAAAGGGGAUCCAUUUACAUCAAAUAGCCGAUCAGAGGACUGUAUCUAAAUUAUGAUCAUGGCAGAUGGAGAUGGGGUCAUGUACUCUGUCUGGGUCUUCACAUCAACCACAUCUUUAUUCAAACCUCACAAGGCAAUAUUCUGAACUGUUAACUAGGCAUUUCAAAACAGAAAUUAAAUUCAGUAGGCUCUUCUCAGUGAACAGGUUUUAAUGUUGUUUUGAUGUAAUUUUAAAGACUUUUAGCAAACAUGCAUUUCUUUAUAUGAUAUAUUUCUUUUACAAAGCUAAUUUAAAAGUAAGCCAAGUGCUGUCUAGUCUGUUUAUGGAAUAGGAAUUGCAUCAGAGUACAUAUAAUUCUUGCUGUACAAUGCUUGUGAUGUUGAGGAGGGUUCUUUUUUAAAGUGUAUGCUUGAGUAUCUGACUCUCUGGAGUCUAUAAAUGCACUGACUUUUGUUUGUACCCCAAAAUGAUUGAAUUGUUAAGUAUAAAAUUAAGCUAAUUAAUCAAUUUGUAACCAUUUUUUCACUCAUAAACAGUUACUCAACACUAGACAAUUUUGUUUUAUAUAUAUGUAUGUAAAUACAUACAUAUUAAUUUAUAUUAGAGUGAAAAAUAAAUGGUUUGUUUCUAAAUUUAGUUUCUAAAGUUAGUUUUCAGGUGUCUUCAAAUCAGACACUUAAUCAUCAUGUAUUAUAUGUGCUAUAACAUCAUGUAAGUUACCUCCAUUUAUUUUAGGAUAUUUUCCUAUUUGUUAUAGGGGGAAUAAUUUAGGUACACAUGCUCAGAGCUGAGAUAUUUCUCUGAUAAAUCAGGUAAUAAAAUUUAAUUGAUUGAUGGAAUUUUGAAGUAGAUGUGAUUUUUAUCCAUCAGUUUCUGAGUAACAGAGCACCAGGUUUAAAUUUAAAUAGGGGAUUUAACACUAGGGAUCAGGAGAUUUAGUUAUGAAGAGUUAAAAAAAGUUUUUAAAAAAACUAUAAGCUGUUGAAAUGGUAAGUGAAUUAUUUUAAUGAUAUAAAAUAUUUUUAAAUUUUGACAUAGUGGUCAUUUAAUGGGAAAAUAACUCACAAAAAUGUCUCCACUUGAAUUGUAUUGAUAAUGUGAGACAUAUGUGUUAUACAAUAUAUACAUAUAAUCAUAUGUAUAUACAGAAAAUUAUUUUUAAUAUUUUCGUACUGAUAUGAAAUUUAAAAUUGGAAAUUUUGUGAGUGUUUUCCUUGUCCAAUAGAACCUGUUUCUUUUUUAGUGAUUUAACAAUUUCUUGAGGGCUGCACCUUUAAAUUCCCAGAUUGUCAAUAGACAUGUACAGUAUAUGGGAUAAGGUGGACACAAGUGCACAUAUAAAUAAAAUCUUCUUAUUAAGACUAUUUUAAGCAUUCAUUUACAGUAGGAGAGUAUCUAGCAAUCAUCAUUGGCAAGUCAUAAUUAGGUUGUGUGCCUACUGUAGUUUUUUUCCAUUUCUGUAUUAUAUGAACAUUUGCAUAUUAAAAUUUGGUUUUUCCCAGAGAUAAGUAUUAUAUAAUGUAUCUAUAUCUAAAUCAAACUGUGGUAAUAUAUUUAUCAGAAAAUAAUGUUGGGGACUAUAGCCUGAACAUGGGGACUUCAAGUGACACAGAGGAGGAGAGCAGAGAUUGAUCCCAUUGUGUAUAAGUUAUUAUAUGAUAACUAUGAAUUCUUGUACAAAACCAAAACCUGAAAAAAAACAAAAACAAAAAUACAGUUUUUAUUUUCAAAUACAUUUGUUGUUCUCUGGAGAAUGUACUUUAUCUUUUUUUCCUUCAGUCUUUUACAGAUAUUUGAAAGCAUUUAAGUGAUGACAGCAUUUACUUAAAUCUUACAGGUGCUACUGGAUUUUGCAUUAGUGUGUUAUGUUGUGAAAUCCUAACUUUGACAUAAAAGGUUUUAUAAGUA